AACAGAUUGAAGAGAAACACCUACGCCAUUUAUUAUUUGCAAAGAAAAAACUUAGUUGUACAAAAUAAAUAUGUUGGCGCUAAUAAAUAGGAUCCUGGACUGGUUCAAGAGCAUCUUCUGGAAAGAGGAGAUGGAACUCACGUUGGUCGGGCUGCAAUUUUCAGGCAAAACGACUUUCGUCAAUGUUAUUGCAUCCGGCCAAUUCGCGGAGGACAUGAUACCCACAGUGGGCUUCAAUAUGCGCAAGAUAACCAAAGGCAAUGUCACCAUUAAAGUAUGGGAUAUUGGCGGCCAGCCACGAUUCCGUUCCAUGUGGGAGCGCUAUUGUCGUGGUGUGAAUGCCAUUGUCUAUAUGGUGGAUGCUGCUGAUUUGGAUAAGUUAGAAGCGUCGCGCAAUGAGCUACACUCGCUGUUGGACAAGCCGCAGCUAAAUGGCAUUCCAGUGCUCGUCCUGGGCAACAAACGUGAUCUUCCAGGAGCUCUAGAUGAAACCGGUCUGAUUGAGCGCAUGAAUCUAUCGAGCAUACAAGAUCGGGAAAUAUGCUGUUAUAGUAUUUCAUGUAAAGAAAAGGACAACAUCGACAUAACGCUGCAAUGGUUAAUUCAGCAUUCGAAGAGCCAAAGUCGUUAGAUUAUUAGCUUACUAUACACUCACACACACACACUUACACUUAUACACACACAAACUUAGGCACUCUCUCUCGCAUACACUAAACAACUAAAGUAAUUUACAGUACAUAAAUUAAUUUGGAGUAGGCUGUUAAUUGAUAUACAUACUAUAUGCGAAUGUUUAUUUAGGUGAGAUGAAAACCAAACGCAUUGGCUGUAUAUGAUUAUUUGCAUGUGCGUUUGUAUAUUCUAAUUGUAAUUUCCAAAAUGUGUAGUUGUGCAUUGGACGGGUGCUUGUCGUUAGGACCAAAACGUCUCGAAUUUGUUGUUCACAAAAGCAAAAGCAGGCAAAAUCUAUAACUGAAUAUGUAUGCCAAUGGAUUUUAAGUCUUAAGUAACGUUGCUAUAAACUACGCCCACAACUACAAACACAAUACAAACUAACACAUCAUAUGCUUAUUUUUGAAAUUUGUCACUUGGUCGUGCAGCCGUCGUUGAGUUUUUUGUGUGUCUUUGAAUUUGUUGCUUGUAAUACCAAUAGUUAGGAUUAUGUUUAGUGUUUAUUGGUGUGAUUAUAUAAACUAUUAUUAUU